UUUGUGGCUCAGCCUAACUGCCAGCAGCUACUGGCCACUCUGUGGUACGACGGCUUCCCGGGCUGGAGGAGGCGACACUGGGCGGUCAAAUUGGUCACAUGCUUUAUCAUCGGACUGUUGUUCCCUGUCUUCUCACUGAUCUACCUGUUAGCUCCAAAGAGUGCUCUGGGAAACUUCAUUAAGAAGCCCUUCAUUAAGUUUAUCUGUCACACAGCGUCCUACCUGACCUUUCUCUUCCUGCUGCUGCUGGCCUCACAGCACAUCGCCCGCACCAACUUGCACAUGCAGGGACCCCCACCCACUGUCGUGGAGUGGAUGAUUCUUCCAUGGGUGCUGGGCUUCAUUUGGGCAGAGAUCAAGGAGAUGUGGGAUGGAGGAUUCACAGAGUACAUCCAUGACUGGUGGAAUUUGAUGGACUUUGCCAUGAACUCUCUCUACCUGGCCACCAUAUCUCUGAAGAUUGUGGCCUACGUUAAGUAUAACUCCUCUCGUCCCAGGGAGGAGUGGGAGAUGUGGCACCCGACGCUCAUAGCCGAGGCUCUUUUUGCUAUCGCCAACAUCUUCAGCUCGCUCAGACUCAUCUCCCUCUUCACCGCCAACUCCCACCUGGGGCCACUGCAGAUCUCACUGGGGAGAAUGCUGCUGGACAUCCUCAAAUUUCUCUUCAUUUACUGUCUGGUUUUGCUGGCAUUUGCUAAUGGACUGAAUCAACUGUAUUUCUACUAUGAGACCAAGGCAUCAGAAGAGCCAAACAACUGCAAGGGCAUCCGCUGUGAGAGGCAGAACAACGCCUUCUCCACAUUGUUUGAGACCCUCCAGUCUCUCUUCUGGUCCAUAUUCGGGCUGAUAAACCUGUACGUCACCAACGUUAAGGCUCGUCACGAGUUCACCGAGUUCAUCGGGGCGACCAUGUUCGGGACGUACAACGUCAUCUCGCUGGUGGUGCUGCUCAACAUGCUGAUCGCCAUGAUGAACAACUCAUACCAACUCAUCGCCGACCACGCGGACAUCGAGUGGAAGUUUGCCCGCACCAAGCUGUGGAUGAGUUACUUUGACGAGGGCGGCACGCUGCCACCUCCGUUCAACAUCAUCCCCAGCCCCAAGUCCAUCUGGUACCUGCUCAUGUGGCUCCACAACAAGCUGUGCAGGAGAGGCCAGCCGCCCGGGGAGGUGUCGCACAAGUGCGAAAACCUCAGAGAGUUCACAGAGCGUCAUGCGGACAGCCUCAUACAGAAUCAGCACUAUCAGGAAGUGAUCCGUAACUUGGUGAAGAGAUACGUGGCUGCAAUGAUACGCAGUGCCAAAACGGAUGAAGGACUCACAGAGGAAAACUUUAAGGAACUAAAACAAGACAUCUCCAGUUUCCGCUACGAGGUCCUGGACCUCCUCGGCAACCGGCGUCCUCCCCGGCGACACUACUCCUCCUCCAGCGAGACGAUGAAAGACGAGGGCGGCGUGGCGUCGGAGGACGACAGCGAAUCCGGCGACAGCGGCGGCGGAGGAGGGGCCAGGGUCUCGAAAUCGAAGAGCGUUACCUUCACCAACCCAGUGGAAGACGACGGGAGGUCUGCGCAAACGCUUGGAGUCUCUGCGUUGGUGCGGUCCAUUUCUGGAAUGACGCAGGCAGACAGAGCGGAUGAGGGGGACGGAUGGGGGGAGGAGGAGGAGGACGAGGAGGGGAAACCAAAGAGCAAUGGGCUGAGGACAACCGUCAUCCCUCCAUCCUCCACCCCCGCCCUACCAUCUCCGUCCUCGUCCUUUUCCUCGUCUUUUUCUUCAUCCCUCGCUCGCACGAGAAGCCGCCUGCAGCGUCUCUCGGCUUCGAGUUCGAAGACGGACUCCUUCAAGCGUCUCUCCUACCUGUUCUCCCGCUCCAAGCGCAAAGCCCCGCCCACACCCCUCCAGCUGCAAUCCCCGCCCUCCUACACCAUCUCAGACGGGUUGCUCCGCCCCCUGGGGAGCCACAGCCACUCCGACUUCGGCCUCAGCGACGUGACCCGGAGCGACUCUCACCUGAACGAGGUGGGCCGCUUGGUGGAGAACCCCUCCUUCUCGCCACGGCAGACCAACGGGCUGGACUCCCUCCUGGCGCUGCCCCUCCCUCCCCCGUGCCCCUGUCAAUCUCUGCACUGUGCUUCCAACAUGUCAGAGUCCAGCUCGCACCUCCUGGACUCCAGCGAGGACGUUUUCCAGGGGGUGGAAGGCGUGGAGGGAGCGGGCGAAGGCAGCGUGGACAGAGGAAGAGGAGGGGGGAUGGUGAUGGUGAUGGGCGGGUGGGUGGGUCCGUGCGAGGAUGUCAUAGAGGACAGCUGCGAAGUCGUAGAGGACUCCGUCACCACGCAGCUAUAG